AUGCCGCCAAAUCGUUGUCGGAACUAUUCGUCAACCGAAACAACAUUUCUAAUUCUGACCGCAAAGGAGCUUUCUAUGACAACGAUGAGGUUGCUCUUUUUUACAGUCGCCCUGACGGCGUCGAUUGGCCAGACGGGUAUCGUCGACUUGAACGCUGACGCAGUCGUUCGGAGAGCAGACGCGCCACAUACAACAUACCAUACAACUGCAAACAAGCCAACGAUGACAGGAAUUGCCACAAACUGUAACAAGUUCUACGAUGUAGUUAAAGGCGAUGAUUGCGAGACUGUAGCGGCAGCUUUCAAAAUCACGAAAAAUCAAUUUCUUGCAUGGAAUCCUGCAGUUUCUGCAGACUGUGGCACCAAUUUUUGGGUUGGAGACUCAUACUGCGUUGGCACUGGUAAGGCAGGUGUUAGCAGCACCAAGAGCGAUGCUCCUCACACGACUGUCUACACGAAACCGGAUAAGCCUACACAGACUGGGACCAUCUGCAAUUGCAACAAGUGGUAUGAUGUCGUUGAGGGCGAUGACUGCGGGACAGUUGCGACCGCGUUUAAGAUACAGCUUGCGGACUUCCUAAAAAUGAACCCGGCGGUAUCGUCUGACUGCGUCACCAACUUCUGGGUUGGGAAUAGCUAUUGCGUGGGGACAUCGGAAGGCGCUUGCCCUACAUCGACGUCAAUCAAACCUCAUAACUCUACUACCAUCUCUUCAUCUUACUCUAUAAUUUCGCAACCAUCGAGCUCCUAUGUGCAGGUCACAAGAUCCACAGCCACAUCCUGGCCGCCAACUCAAACCCAGGCUGGGCAAGUGCCAUACUGCAACAAAUGGAAGCUGGUAUAUCCAGGCGACACUUGCGCCAGUAUACAAGCAACAUAUUCAACCUCAAUGUCGUUGGAUGACUUCAAAUCAUGGAACCCCGCCUUGGGUGCUAAUUGCACCAACCUUUUUGCUAACUAUUUUGUUUGCGUUGGAAUCCAAUCUCAAACAAGUGCUACACACAACACUACUGCAACUUCGCAAUGGUAUCCACCAUAUACUCCAACUGUUCGCCCAACACCUAAUAGCACGUUUGUGCCUUCACCAACUCAGAGCGGUAUCCCACCUAGCUGUAUGGCUUUCUAUCAAGCUACCACCAAUGAUACUUGUGAGUCGAUUAUAAAGGAAGAGGGCUAUGUGUCAUUGAAUGAGCUCAAACAGUACAAUCCCGCCCUUGGAUCUGAUUGCUCCGGGCUAAUUGCAGGGGAUUAUUACUGUGUUAUGAAUGGCACACUUCCGCUGCCGUCUGUGGCGACAGCUGCACCGGCAGCCACACAGGCAGGUAUUACACCCGACUGUGUUUCAUGGUAUCGGGCGGAUAGCGGAGAGGAUUGCGACCUGAUUGUGAAAAUGUUUGGCACAUUUAGCUCCGAAGACUUCCUGAAGUGGAAUCCAGCUGUCAAAUCAGACUGCUCGGGUUUGAAAAUAAACAACUAUUAUUGCGUUGCCAUUCCGUCAACGCCAACAACAAGGACUACGAGCUACAUCUCUACGCCACUGCCCACAAAUGGAGUUGGCCCACAACCAGAACAGCGUGGGAUUCCGGAAGCUUGUUCAGAUUACUGGUUUGUUGGAAGCGUGGAUACCUGUGACUCCAUUGCAACCAAAAAUAAUAUCACAGCUGCUCAACUGGAAAGUUACAACCCGGCACUUAGCAGUGGUUGCUCGGGUCUGACACCAAACUAUUAUAUCUGUGUUGAGAUACCAGGUAGCUCUGCAACCAGUGCCACAGGUACGGGCACAACUGGCAGUGCUUCGAAUACCGGCGCCACAAAACCGAUGGCAACAACUGAUACGCUUCCAGAACCAAUACAUUAG